AUGUCUUUUUCCUCUCAGUGCGUUGCCCGGUUCGGACAAUGCGAGUUUCUAGAGCUUGAUGAAGAUGAACUUGAUACCUCGAGCCUUCGUGCCUGUUUGAUUGAGUCUCCUACGAGAGAGAUCCUGCUUUCUAGCCGCCGGCCGUCCUGGACUACAUCAGCCUCGAAGCCAGGCAUCGACGCCUUGACUCUUUUGUCAGACCUCAGCCGCCUAGCACCCUCAGUGGCCAAAGAUUUCAUUCCCAAGGACCACGCAGAGAGCUCCUUCUCUUUUCGUUUAAUCAGUGAUGUCGACUUGCAGGGCGAGGUCGAGGGUUACAUCGCUAUGAGCUACUGUUGGAAGAAGGUGACCCGAGACACCCCCAGGACAGUGGUAACUCCUCUGGGAGACUUGCCAUUUGGCUGGACAAAGGAGGUCGAACAAUUCCCGUUGCCAACCAGUGCCGCCAUAUUCCAGGCGGUAUUGAGGGAAAGGGGGAUGGCCGAGGGACUGUGGUUUGACCAGGUCUGCAUCAAUCAAGAAGAUGAAGCCGAAAAGGCCAUGACAAUUGGAGCUAUGGACAUGAUAUACAAGAACGCAAGGAUCGUCGUUGUAGCCCUGGACGAUGUUUUGGCUACGCUAGAAGAGGAACGAUUUCUGAGAUACUACGUCGAGCAGUACCGCCACUCAAAAGUCGGCCCCAGCCAGCAACCGAAUAUGGGUAUGAUCCCACCGUUCAUGCAACAGCAUGCUGCAUGCAAGUCUUUCUUCAAACAAGUCAUUAGCUCAGCAUGGUUUGAACGUGCUUGGUGCGCACACGAGAUGAGAUUGGGACAAGGCCACAUCUUCCUAGUCCCCUGCGAUACAAAUUACGAGGAUGAAGUGCAAGCAGUGAUUCGCUUUACGGGGGACUUCUUCCUUCACCUGCUGCUCCUUGCUAGCGAACUCCAGGCCAUCGAGCCGGCAUUCCACGCCAGCAUACGGCCACUAUUGUAUUUCUUCCAGCGCCGGGCAACGACAAAAGAAAGGAGCCAUUUUGCCGUACAAAGGCGGGAUAUGCCACAAAGUCCCAUUUCAGAGCCAACUUCCUUCGUCUCGCGGAUUGCCGAAACCUUUGGUAGAAGCGCGGGAGGAAAUCCACGACUACCAGAGUACCUACGAAGAUUGGAUGCAAACCGGGACAAGACGUGCAUUGCACUGAGCACCUCCGACAUGCCAUUGGCUCUGAUGCCUUCGAGUCCCUUCUCAAGACCGAGCACCGAGGAUGAAUGCCUCCGAUCUCUCCUCCUACUGGGGCUCGCUGCACGAGAUCCAGUCGCAUUAUGUACAACAGGCACACCAUUGCGGCUUCACGACGGCUCAAUAUCGUGGCUCUGCCGCCCAACACCUCUUGAUGAUAAUUCUGUCGGCCCACCACCAUCCCGAAUCAGCAAGACAGCGAAUCGUAUAGUUCAGGCUUCAGACGGCCAAGCAGAAUAUGCGCAGCUAGACCUCAUAUUUCUCGACCUUCCCCAUCGAUCGAAGCCAAACCCUCUCUUUCCAGCCCACGUUGGGCGAGCCCGCACGUUCAUCGAUCUCUGCAUACAGUAUCAGGUUCCAGGUUCAGGCUUGUGGAACUUCUGGCAAACACCAAACCAUCCGCGAACAACAUCUUUGCGAAACAUCUUCGUCCAGGCGCUAGCUUGCGUUUUUGACUGUGGAGCACAAUGGCUGUUCGAACUAUCAUCGAGCCUGCAACAGCCGCAUCUGUUGGUUAUAGAACCAUACGCUAUCGACAUGCUGCUGAACCCUCAUCUCAACAUUCAGGGUUAUGUACAUCUUGCGGAAGGGCAAGCCGCGCUGUCUCUUCUCAUGAGCUUUGUAUCUACGCUCAUCGCAACUGGUAUUCCGUGGGCAUCAGGCGCAUCGGAGCGCACACACGGCCCUCUCAUCAUUUCCGCACCCACCUCUCCUGCCCUGCAUGACACUACCUCCGCCUCGCUACCCCCCGGUGGCAAAGCAAUCAUCUUCGCCCCCUUCCAGCACUCCAAGACGCUCCUCAUCGCCGUGCCCGACGCUGCAAAGGAAGCCGAGUACAAAGCCCUAGCACGCGGCUGGAUCCUAACGAGCAUGAAUCCGUAUACUGGCAGUACGAAACCGACUGUGAGUUGGACACUGCAAAGCAAGGGUGUUGUUUUCGGGGAUAGUACGUUCAAUGCGGGUCUGGCAAGUAGCGGGGAGGUGGAAGUGAGGAACCAUCGGGUUUACGGUCCGACGGGUCGUUGA